AUGUCACGCGCCUCGGCUGGCUUUGCAGACUUCUUCCCGACCGCCCCGUCGGUCCUUCAGCAGAAGCGCUUCAAGACCGCGCAGGAACGACGAGGGAAACUACAUGUCGAGGAUCAAAUUUCUGAACCUCCGAAACUUUCAACGUCAACUACUUUGAGCGCAUCCGCGACCGUCGAGACGUCUCUCAAAUCCGAUACGGGUGAAGAGGGAUCUCGCACUCCGGUCCCCAACGAGCUGGAAUUGAAUAUCUCCGCCAAGGCGAAAAAUGCGGAGGAGACGACCGGGCUACCUCUACCUACCAAAGCAACUCCCGUCCCAUCACAAAUUGAUACACUGACGCCGCUCACGAAUGCGGAGCCGAAUCUUGAAAUAACUAAACCCUCCAUCACCCCGAUCCACACACCUCCGACCCCCCAGUCACAAACCCAACAUGUCGAACUUCGCGUGACAGGCUGCAAGGUUGUGUAUGAUCCCGAUCUGGACAAGCGGGCCUCGUCGAAGGAGAAGCGGAAAAAGCUCGAGUAUGCGGACAUCAUGGACAACGGCCAAUCUGACGCUCCGCCUGAUCCCCGUCGUGCGAUUGCCAAUUACACCCGUGGGUCCGGCUGCAAGCAGAAGACGAAGUACCGACCCGCGCCUUAUAAUUUGAAGCCAUGGUCAUACGAUGUGGCAACUAGCAUUGGCCCCGGCCCUCCGAUCCAGGUUGUGGUUACGGGUUUUGACCCUUUGACCCCGAUCGCCCCGAUCAGCGCGCUGUUUUCAAGCUUUGGAGAGGUGGCCGAAAUCAAAAAUCGCACAGACCCCAUCACUGGCCGAUUUCUGGGGAUUUGCUCCAUCAAAUACAAAGAUAGCACCUCCGCCCGCGGAAAUGGUCCAGCUUCGGCAUCCAGCGCUGCCCGACGUGCAUACUUCGAAUGCAAGAAAGAACAACGCAUUGGUACACGGCGGAUCAGGGUCGAGUUGGAUCGCGAUGGUAUUGUCUCGGACCGAAUGACCGCGAAAGCAGUGGAGUCACAACGACUGGCUUCCAAGAAUAACCUCCCGUCCGCAAUUGAGCCCAGACCGGAAUCCCAGAUCAAGAAAAGCGAACCGCCACCGACUGCGCCCAAAGGCCCUUCAGGCAGGUCAUCCCUACGACCGGGGAUUGUUAUCCCAGAAGGACCAAGGGCCGGUGUCCGAUCUCCUGCUGUACAAUCAUUGGUCGAGGAAAUUGCUAUUUUGAGCCAGAUCAAACGCGAUCCAUAUAUAUUCAUUGCGCAUUGCUACGUUCCAGUCCUCAGCACAACGGUUCCACACUUGAUGAAGAGGCUUAGACUAUUUGGGUACAAGCAAAUUCGUUGUGAUAAAACCGGCUACUACAUCAUUUUUGAGAAUUCGCGCCGGGGCGAGGAGGAAACCGAACGAUGCCAUCGACUAUGCCACAUGCAGCCCUUGUUUACCUAUAUCAUGAACAUGGAAAGUCAACCUUACGGAAAUCCCAAUUACGAGCGAAGCCCGAGCCCCGAACGCCUCCGCACCGAACGACGAGACAAGGCCGAGAAGGAUCGAACAAGGAGGGAGGCUGAAUUGGACAUUGAAGAAGAAAAGAAACAGCGGGCACUCGACUUGGAUCCUUGCCGGGAGGUAUUGUCAAUCAUCAUUCGUGACCUGAGAGACAAGCUUCUCGAGGAUGUGAAAUCGCGCAUAGCCGCUCCGGCUUUAUAUGACUAUUUGGAACCAAGUAAACAUGCUGCCAAAAGGGAAAAGCUGGGUAUUUCGGACCCGGAAGGUACCAAACAAUCUGUUUUCCGAAUUGAUAGCACCCCUGGUUCUCGGGGUGAGUUGUCUGCUGGGCGGGACCCUCUCAGAUCAUCGGGUCUGAAUGUUCUCGCUCUUCCUCGUAUCCGGAAAGCCCAUGGUCUUGACCGUGCAGGUGCUGCCUUCCUAGAUGAACGGCGCAGGCAACCAUUACGGAAGAAAGAAGUUCGACCCUUGUAUCAUCGCUUGCAACAGUUGCAUGAUGAUGAAGAUUCGGAUGAUGAGCAGCGCACCCCAGCCGCUAGAGAUACCGAUGAGCAAGAGAGCCGACCGCUUAGUCGCGCGAGUUCAACGUCAUCUGAGUCUGAACAGGAUGGCGGAUACCAGUCUGACGAUUUGGAAUCAUCCCAAGAAAAUGAAGAACGUGAUGCUCAAGCCGUCGACUACCCAGAUGCCACGAACGAGACAGGGCAUAUAUCCAACGACCUAGAAGUCUCCCCCAAAUUGAGCAAGAGAAAGCGCCUGGCCGAAGAAACUGAAGCGCGCAAGCGGCAGCGACAGGAGGAUGAGCUAUUUGGCAAUGAUUCGGAAGUUACCGGGGAUGAGCAUGCAACCAAGGAGCUCGAAACACCCACGGCUAUUGGCGAUGAGAUCGCAGAAGAUGACCACAAACUAUCAACGCACGAUCAGCCCACAGACGAAUUAUCCGAACAUGUCUUGCACGAACACGCCGAGCCUGAUGACCAUGUGGCCAGCGAAGACUUGAAAGCCGAGCCUCUCGAUGAGCCAAGAACAGAAAUUGACUGGGGCGUAUCUAAAGAUGAGCCUCGCGCAACGGUUCAAGACGACGAGAAUAUCGUUCUUGAUUUGGAUGGUUGGCAGCACCUGGUCAAGGAUGACGAAGAUUUGCGGUUCUUGCGGGAAAUUCUACUGGAUCAAGCAGAAUCUAAAAUUGGAAAUCUUGCUGCAUGGGGUUGGAAACAGAAGGAAAUCAAAGCCCUCAAUGGCCUGGAAAACGGCACAACAAAGGACGCUCUUAGUAUUCCUGGCUACUAUGUUCCAAAUAUGACAGGAGCUGCGCGGACGGAAGGUCGCAAAAGGAUCAUGGAAGCAGAGAAGUCCAAGUACCUGCCCCAUCGGAUUAAAGUCCAGAAAGCCCGCGAGGAGCGUGAAGCGAAUGCCAAGGCAGACCCCCAGGCAGCAGCAGCAGAAGCCGCCAGGAUCGCAGCUGCCAAAACCAUAUCCAAAUCGACAUCCCGAUCAACGCGAGUCAACAACCGCCGCCUCAUUGCAGAUAUCAAUGCACAAAAGCAGGCGCUCCCCACCGCAAGCGGCGAAGGAGAUGUUCUUCGAUUCAAUCAGCUCAAGAAGCGCAAGAAGCCUGUGCGCUUUGCUCGCUCUGCUAUUCACAAUUGGGGCUUAUAUGCCGAGGAGAACAUCACCGCCAAUGAUAUGAUCAUCGAGUAUGUCGGCGAGAAAGUGCGUCAACAGGUCGCCGACAUGAGAGAAAGACGAUACUUGAAGAGCGGUAUCGGCAGUAGCUAUCUGUUCCGAAUUGAUGAGAACACCGUGAUCGAUGCCACAAAGAGAGGAGGAAUCGCGCGGUUCAUCAACCACAGCUGUACACCCAAUUGCACUGCCAAGAUCAUCAAGGUCGAUGGUAGCAAACGUAUUGUCAUUUAUGCGCUCAGGGAUAUCGAGAGAGAUGAGGAACUGACGUACGACUACAAAUUCGAACGAGAGUGGGACAGCGAUGACCGAAUUCCUUGCCUCUGUGGUUCCACAGGAUGUAAGGGAUUCCUCAAUUAA